AUGUCAUCCUCACCAGCGGCGCUGGCCUACCAUGAGCCCGGUAUCAUCACCAUCCUCAUCUUGGCCUCCUUCCUCUUGCUCGAGAAUGCCAUAAACUGGGCUUUUGACAAACUACUAUUCUGUGGCUUGCUAGGACAGAUCGCGGUCGGUGUUGCUUGGGGCACGCCUGGUGCGAAAUGGUUGUCGAUAGAUGUCGAAAACACAAUCAUGCAGAUCGGCUACCUAGGCUUGAUCCUGCUUGUCUUCGAAGGUGGUCUCGCGGCAGAUCUUAAGACACUCAGGUCGUAUCUCUCCCUCUCGAGCAUUGUCGCCUUGAUCGGGAUCAGUGCUCCAAUUGGGCUUUCCUUCCUCUUACAGAGCUUCAUGGAGAUCACACCAGUUCAGAGCUUUGCUGCUGGCGCAGCGCUGUGCUCAACAUCGCUUGGAACUACGUUCACCAUCCUAUCCACAAGUGGCCUCAGCCAGAGUCGGCUAGGUGUCGUGCUUUCAAGUGCUGCCAUGAUGGAUGACCUCGUAGGUCUGGUCAUGAGCAGUAUCAUCUCAAGCUUAGGCCGACAUUCUGACUUCAGUGCCACUACUGUGAUCAGACCAGUCUUCGUAUCGGUUGCCUUUGCGGCAGUUCUGCCGCUGAUAUGCUUGUAUAUUGUCAAACCCAUGACACGGCAAACGUACAAGCUGAUCAAGUCGAAGCGAGGAACGCAGUUUCAUCGCCUUUUGACUACCGAGAGCGCUGCGCUGGUCUUGCAUGCGCUCGUACUGGCUGCUCUUGUGACCGCUUCUAGCUACGCAGGAACGUCGGUCCUGUUCGCAGCCUAUCUCGCAGGAGCAGCUAUCAGCUGGUGGGAUGGUCUCUGCUUCGAGCUGCGCAAUGCCGAUGCUCAAAACACCCUAGAACCCGUCGAUGGUACUGAUUUAGUAGGAUCGAGUCAAAAUGGUGAAAGUUCUGGAGCGAUGGACAGCAAAGCGCACUCAAUGCCCCAGAAACCUCGAGCCCAUCGUAAGCAAUCGGGAGAGAACAACACCAGCUCAAGCCCGAAGCCACGCGAGCCUCAGCAACCGGUUCCAACACCGUCAACUCGUCAAGCUGUGCCAUCCUACGAUCACCUUCGGGGCACACACAUCUUCGAGAAGUACUACCUGCCAGCUCUGCAGACAGUUCUCAAACCUUUCUUCUUCGCAUCGAUCGGAUUCGCCAUUCCCAUAACUCAGAUGUUCUCGGGCACGGUAGUAUGGAGAGGCAUCGUCUACUCUAUCAUUAUGGUCAUUGCUAAGCUCUUUUGUGGACUAUGCCUCAUACGAGUCGCUGGUCCGGCCGUAUCGCUCAAGUUCUUGCUCAAGCACUUGCCGAAGACAAUAUCUGGGUGUUGGCCACUUAUAAGGACGCAAUCAAAGACGCCAGGGACCUCUUCCACUCGCGGAGGACCUCGAAGUCAAAGUACAACUACAGUCGCAACAGCGGCACCAAAACAGAGGAGCAGUCCAAGGAUCGCAAAGCCAACAUCAUUGUACCCUGCUGCUAUGCUUGGAAGUGCUAUGGUCGCCCGCGGCGAGAUCGGCUUCCUUAUCUGUUCCGUGGCUGAGAGCGAUGGUGUUUUCGGGGCUACGGAGAACGGCCAAAGUUCAGAGCUUUUCUUGGUCGUCACUUGGGCGAUCCUCCUUUGCACAUUACUUGGACCGAUUGCUGUCGGAUUGAUGGUCAAGCGUGUCAAAAGACUACAAGAACUCGAGCGAAGUAUACAGACGGGCAAAGAGGAUCCUCUCGGCAUUUGGGGCGUGAUACCCAGCCAGGCUGCUAGCCAUUAG